AAUCAGUAUUGAAAGUGUCAGCAAAACAAAGCGAGUACCAAUGCCGACCAACGUUAGCGCGUGGUCGUAAAAAACUGAUAAAAUUUAAUUUAAGAGAAAGAGGGUGGUUCUUUGCUUUUCCCGCCCAACGGACAUUUGGCCACCGAAGACAACCUUAAAUAUCCGUGUUUGAAGUUGCCGAUUUGACAGAAGCAACCUCGGUCAGUGAAUCCAGAAUCAAAAAUACAGGGAUCAAUGCAGGAACCUGUCAAGGAACAUGCCUCUGCCGGCGCCGGGGGUGUUUCUGCGAACUCGGCAAGACCGAAGCUUCGAACAUACGCCCUGCGUUCCGCGAAUAAAUCAAUUCAAGAGAAGCCACGUGCUUCUGAUUUGUCGAAUUCUGCUGCAUCUAAGAGAGGCAGGCCAACAUCAAGUCUGAGUAAGAGUGUAGGUGUUCUAGAUCUUUCUGGAAAGGAAAAGUCAGCCAGUGCCAAACCACCAAGAAGGCUCUCAAUUCCUGCCAAAGCAUCUGCAAUUCCAGGCCCAAAGCUAGCUGGUAAGGCUGGUAAUAUUUCCCCAAUCUCAGAGACCAGAACUAAUAGGUCAACUUAUGGCCAGAACAAAAGUGAAACUCCCACUUCUGACAUUUCAAGACCAUCUGGCAAGAAGAAGUUCAAUGCUUUGUCUUCUGCUUCGUUUUGGUUAUCCCAGAUCAAGGUCUCAGAAUCGGCUUCUGAGCAUUCUAUUUCACUUGGAUUUUUCAAACUAUCUUUAGAGGCAGUGACUGAGCCUCAGCAUCUGAAGAGAAUGCAACAUGAGCUCAAAUCUUAUGCGCGGCGGCACCAGCUAGCUGAACAAGAAGAGCCUUUGAAAGAAUUGUUUGAGAGUUACAACAUCUCAGAAAACACAAAGCAUUUACAGCAGGGUGUUCCUGAGUCUGUAACAGAGGUGAGAGAAGAAGCAAGCGGGUUAUCUGAUGAAGAUUUGCAGAACUCUUCUACCAUGAGUUCUGGGAACAUGGAACCCAAGUGCUUAAACAUGGACUCCAGUAAACCUUCUGCUAAGAAAGAACUAGUCAAGAAGGAGACCCGUCAAAAGAGUAAUCCUAGAUGCAGAGUGAGAGGAAGUUUCAGUGAGAAUUCUGCAAAUUCAAGAUCUGGUUUGGACAGUGGGAAUCGCAGGUCAGUGAAGAAACUUGAGAAGCCAGGUAAGGAAGAACCUAACAGAGAAAAAGGAAAGAUCAGGAAGCAGGGAAAGAAAUCUAAUGUUGCAGCAGGUCCUGUCAGUCCUUCACUUGCUGAAGAUAAACAAGGAAACAAAGAAAACAUGGAUGCAUUGACCCACUGAAGAGACAAGUAUGAAACAAAAGCUGUGUGAAGAAGCUUGUGUUUGGACUUUUGAAUUAUUCUGUCUUCUGUGUGGAGCUAGUGUUCGUAAGAGUCCUCAGAAAUUUGUUUGAGACCUGCCAUCAAAAGCUGCAUCUUGUGAUCAGUUAUGAAGAGUGAAGACAUGGUUUUUGUGUCUAACAAACAGUUGUUAAUUAAACCAAAUUCAAAUAUUAUCGUGGUUUAUACUUUUGAUUAAAUGCUAUAUUUGUUAAGGCAAUUGGCUGUCUAAAUAAUAGAUUAUUUGAUGUGUUUUUUUUCUUAAUGGAUAAUGUUUUCAUUUCUUAUUUCUUUUAAUUGUAAGCCGCAAGCUGAAAUGAAUAUCAGUAUGUAGAUAACGAUUGGGUUGAUGUUGAAUUAGUAUUUCGGUCAUUCUUUGAA